UGUGAGGAUAACCAGAGCUGCAUCCUUCUCUCACAAAGUGACAAGACUACACAAAGAACCAAACAUAUCAACACUAAAUACCACUUUCUUUAAGAAGAUUUGGGGACAAGGCCGAAAUUCCUAAAGAGUCGCGCUGCAAAACAACAAGCCGGUGACUUGGUCCGCUCCUUAUCCUCCCCCCCACCUUAGAACGGAAUGGUUUGCUCCAAGCAUCAGUUGAUGCUGAAUAGACGGUCAGUCAGGAGGAAGCGAGUAUUUGCGUGGCGGCUUCUUCGUAGGGAGUGUCUGGUGCUGUUUUGUAUUUUGCAAUGCAGUUGACUCCACAGGGGCGAGAAAGUUUUAUUUGCUGAUUUGCAGUCUGGCGAUCGGGAGUGGCUUUGCGCAUGACGGAGUCGGAGAAGCAGAAAAAAACAGUUGCAAGAACGACCACUGAAGCAAGCGGUUGAGGCCUGCAGUUUCCCUGGAACAUCGUAGCCCUACUUAGUUCUGCAGGUUUUUCUUCAUCCCAUGAGCUCUGGGUGCAGCCUGAGAUUGUGUCUGGUGAGACUUGGCAACAUGAGUCUGCUUAACUCCUUCUGAAUCUAUCUUGAGUCAGUUGUAAACUACAGACUUCUAGGACUAGGUACAGUCCUGGGUACAUUUCAGAUGGCAAUGCAUAUUCGGUCACAGCUCAAUGUGAGGACAGAAGAUCCUUAAACUUGAAACGUGGGGGGAGACUUCCCCAAAAGAACUCCCACUGGGUGCUUUGCAAGAUAAACUGAAGAAAUGAAUCUUGGGAAUGACGAAGCAGCAUCCAGAUCCAUUUUUGCCUGGGAUUAUGUUUUGUGGGAAGUUCGUUUGAAAUUGGUGGCCGCUGGCUUUUUCAUCUACUUAGGAAUAUUCCUUCUCUCGCACUAUCUGUCCUCAUGGAUGAGCACUGUGUACCGUUCGUUGCCACCAAAAGAGAAAGUCUUCUGGAAUCUGGCUGCUACCCGAGGUGUGUUUGGAAUUCAGAGUUGUGUUGCUGGCUUGUGGGCCUUGCUUCUGGAUCCAGUUUUUCAGGCUGACAAGGUGUAUUCCCAGCAGGAAUGGAGCUGGUUCAACUGCCUAAUAGCCUCUGGCUUUUUCUUGCUUGAAAAUGUAGCUGUUCAUGUAUCUAAUAUUGUUUUCAGGACAUUUGACUUAUUCUUAGUCGUUCACCAUUUCCUUGCCUUUGGUGGCUUUUUUGGUCUGGUAACCAACAUAAAGUCUGGACACUACAUACCCUUGAUGGGAAUGCUACUUGAGAUGAGCACACCUUUCACUUGCAUAUCCUGGAUGCUUUUAAAGGUUGGCUGGGCAAACACUUUAUUUUGGAAGGUAAACCAAUUUGUAAUGAUCCACAUGUUUCAUUGCCGCAUGAUCCUUACUUACCACAUGUGGUGGGUGUCCAUUUCCAAUUGGAGUGCUGUGGUAGAAAAUCUGGGACUCCUACAUUUUGUUGUUGUAUUCACAGGGUUAAGUUCUGUCACGGUAAUACUUAACCCCUACUGGACUUACAAAAAGACUCAGCAGCUGGUCUGUCCUGUUGAUUGGAACUUCACCAACAGAACAAUGAAAAAUGGGUCAUCCAAAAAACUAAAUGGGGAAACAUGCCAGAAGAAAGGGUUGUGAUGUCAAACUUGGGUAUCUUCAAGCAACAGUAAAAUAUAUUCGGAAGAAUGUAGUACAGGUAGACAGGAUCUUGAAGCGUCAGUUUUUGUGUUAAGAAAUCUAAAUCUAAAGUAUAUUUUAUUAUUAGCUCCUGAUUUUCCUAUCAGUAUUAUUAAAUAAUGGUGCUGCUGGCUGAACUAAAUAUUUGUUGUGAAUAAAUCUUGAACCUUGGUCACAUCUGGAUAUAGCUGGACAAAAAUGGGAGACAAGGCAAAUCCAGUUAAGAAAUUAGAUGGUGAAGUGUCUGAUUUCAGUGGCUAAGCUGCCAUUUCUAGAACUGUCAGGAAAAGAUCAGUCUAGAAAACCAUUAUUUCUAGUUGUUCCCUCAGAAGUUAAUCAAUGGUAAUGAGUGGUUCUAGAUUUGGUCCAGGCCAUCCAGAUUUGUCCAUAUUUCUAGAUUUACUCUUUGCACUUUUAUAUAUGCAUACCAACAUCUACAGACUAGUCAGGAUUAGUAACAUGAUAUUCAGCAUUACAAUAAGUGCUAAAUAUUAGCUCAGUUCACUUUUAAUAUGGUGGGGGAGACGGGGACAGUAUGGACCAGAUGUAGUAAUGAAAUGCUUUCUAGAAUGGUCCCAAAAGUGGAAGAAUGAACAAAAUAUAUGUUGCUGGAUUAAAAGUUUUUAGAAAAUGGCUAUACAUUGUUAUGGGUAAAUACCCACAAAAAUACUGUUCAUUCCUUCUGAAGUGUGGGAGAAAGCUCUUAGUAAACCAGUGCCAGUAUUAUAGGUUUAAUGCCUUAUGGCACAAAGUUCAUUACAAUAUGUUAUCCAUACAUGCCCAGACCUGCCCCUUUGCAUUUUGCUGUAGCAUUCUUGCAAGCCUUUGAGGAGUAUGAUAACUUUCAGGCAGUGUAAGCCUUUAGUUUCUCUUAAACUUUUAUAAUCUUUCACAAGUAUGAGUAGAAAGCUGUUUCUGCUGCUUCCCUUUCAGUUGCCACUAACCAUCAGAUGGUUGCUGGGAUUCUUGCAAAGAAUACUGGAUUAGAUGAAACCUGGUUCAAUGCUACAAAUAUGCAUGCUAAGGAUCACUUGACUACAGAUUCGUUGUGCCUUAAUGGUUAAAAUAUCCCAAGUAUUCACUCCUGCAUUGUGAAUUGAAAACACAUUGGUAGGCCAAGGGGAUGCCAGGAAGUCCACACCUGUCCUCCUGAGGUGGCUUCCACCUGUUCUCUGGAAUGGCCUCAUCCUCCCGCUUGGCUCAGGAAAGCUGCUCUCACAUGGGUUUCUCUCUCCUAACUGAACUUCUUUCUGUUCAGGGUAAACCUCAAUCCUGACACUAGUUACUGUCUUGGAGACAAGGCAAGAACAAAUUACUUAAACCUAAGUUGUGACGUCGUACCGCCCUGAGCCAUUUUUGGAAGGGUGGUAUAGAAAUCAAAUAAAUAAAUAUCCAGUGCAAAUAUAAGUCAUUCAAGGGAGCUGCUCUGCCACAGUGCCAGAAAUUUCAUCAUUCCAUAAUGUUUCAAUGUACUGAUAUUGCCUAUAUCUCCCAAGGUUUUGGGGCAGGUAAUAUUUAAAACAAUAUAUACAAUCUCAUUAUAACACUAUAAAACUAGGUCAGAUGGUUCCCCUCUUCCUCCUGCUGUCUUAAUCCCAACUCCUGAAAUCCAUCCACACACCUCUCCCCCCCCAAAAAAAUACUGAGACUUUGAGGGUCCAAGGGGAAGCUGUCCUGUAACGGUUCUAUAAAUUAGCUACCCUGAGACUGUUGUAAAAUUUGCACAAGAUUUUUCUUACAGGAAAUGUAGUCAAUGUGGAAUGUUGUAGAACACUGACAUCUAAUGGCCAAUGUGAAGAAUAGCCAGCAUAUUCUAAGAGGAAGAACUGAAAAUCAAAUCAUCUGGAGAAUGGAUUGCGCACAAAUGUUGCAAUAGCUGCUUUUGUGUUUUCAAAAUGACUGAUAAUGGGUGUGGAAGAGUAUCUGCUAAGACAAGACUAAUGCAGAGGUUUAAGGAAAAUAAGGCAGAUGGCUAUAAUGCCAAGGCUCAAGUGCAACAUUGUUUCCUACAUGGCCUCCUCUGUUCACUAAUACAUGCUAAUUAAAUUAAUGGAGGGGAAGACAGUGUUGAUUGAGCAGAAAUUCAUUUUAAAACUUAUGUUUUGUCUCUCCUGCCUAUGCAGUAUAUGGGCACCAAUGUCAGAGUAAUAGAGUUGUGAAGGUCCUAGGCCACACGAGCCUGCUAUGAACUCUGUGUUUUGGCAGUAUUUAAUGGAGGGAGUGAUAUGAGGAAGAUUUUCCUCUUGGUAGUGUAGAUUUAACUAUAGAAACUUGUAACUCUCCCAGUCUAGCACCUGGAUAGUGAUUACUAGGAAUCUUAAUUCCUUUCCCAUUGGACAAAAGCUGAAGACUUAAUAUUCACAAUAGUAAUAUGUGUUAAUAUCUCCAGAUCAGUGCUGUUAAGUCAGAAUGGAGUGUUCUUAGUCAGGCAAGGAGAUACCAUUAGUCUGUUGUUCAUGAUUUGUAGUUCGCACACUUUCCAAGGAACUUCCAAAAAGUGACUUAUGAUAUUUGGAGUUGCAGUUCUGCAUACUAGUAAAAUCUUUUUAGAAAGAACAUAUCAUUGAAGAGGCUUAAUGCCACAGAUUCCUCUAUUGGUUAGACAGAGGGUCAGAUUAUUGAGAGUUAUAUGCUGAGAAACUGCUUGAAGAGCUCUAGGAUCAGAAUAGCUUUGUGGCUAAGAAUGUGAAGAGGUUGAAGAAUACUGGGGAAUUCUAGAAGUAGGAUAUAAUUCAGUAUGAGAGAGAAAUAUGUGCCAGUUACUUGGAUUCCUUUACUCUUUCAUACCAAGAUAUGGAACCGAGGACAUAAAUGACCUGGAUCCUUUUUCAGGAGCUCCCACUGAGUUCCAUGGGAACUUAGCCCAAUCAGAGGCUAGUACCAGUGUUCCCUGUAACAGGGAUCCCCAGAUGUUGUAGACUACAACUUCCAUAAUCCCCAGCCAAAGGCCACUGCACUGGAGUUGUAGUUAACAACCUCUGGGAAUCCCUGUUACAGGAAACAGUGGCUAGUACCCCCUUUUUAGUCCUUCAUAUGUGCGUCUUCCUGUUCCCGGUACUUCUUUAUCCAUGGGAAAGUGUCAUGCCUUCAGAACCUUAAGUCUUUCCUUCAUUAACCACAUCUUGAUGUCCACUGUGAAUAUAAACUUCUAAUAUGGACAGUCCCUGCCAGCAUCUAAGCAUUCCUUCACAAAUUAUAUUUUUUAGCAUGCAGAUUUAUUUCUGUGUUGGAUAAAGGAUAUGUUCUGUUUAAAAGCUUAUGAAGGUAUGAUAAAUGAUAUAAUUAACACUCUGAAAGACUUAUAAAAGUGGUUUGGGGAAAUGCUGGCUUUGCAACAGGCCAAAGGAUGAUUUUUAUCAGUGGAACUGCAAAAGAUGGCACAAAUUCUGGAAGAUGGUGACUACAGCAGUCAAAAAUGACUGUUAAAAAGGCUAAGGCCUGAUCAAUUUGUAUUCUAAACUUUCAUUUUAAAAAGAUGACUUAUGGAAGUUGCAAGACUGGUACUGAAUUUGUGACUUCUUGUAGGCUAAUACAUGAAUUUGAAUUUGUGACUUGUAGGCUAAUGCAUGCAAUAGCUGCUGUCAAAGUGGGAAAGAAUUAACAGUCACACGUUAAUGACUAUGUUUCAUCUAAGAAAAAUCUGUAGACCAGUUUCAUAAACAGCAGAAGAAUAUUCAGUGGAUGAUAGUGUUUUGAGCUUAUUGUAUUCACUUUUUAACAUUCUAAUUUAAAUGAAUAGUUAAGGAUUUGUAUAACCUUGUUUCAUGUCCUUGUAAUUUGUAAUGUAUUUGUAUAAAAUUUCAAAGAGGCCAUGCAUGUGGGGAGGGGAAGGUUGUCAUAUAGUAGGACAUAUAAUAUCACUUCUCUCAUCUUUGACUGCUGUAUUCUCAAGAUAGUGGUCCAGGGACUAGAAGGGUAUUCUUACCAUACCACGCAGUUCCUCAGUUCUUAUAAAGAUUAGUUUUCAGUUGGGAUGUUACAUGCAAAAAUCCUAAAGAGGUAGUAUUGUUUGGAAUAUUUUCUCUCUCAGCUUUUGAAAACAAGUUGACUUGCGUGUGAAACUUGGGUUAUCAUUUCAGUAUUAUAUCCGCGCCCCCGCCUCUUCUGACUACUGAAAUCAGUCUCCAGGAAAUGACCUGAAUGGCUUACCUGCAGUAUGAGCUUAUUUCAGAUAAAAGCUGAGCUGAUGAACCCAAUUUAACCCUUAGUAGUUUACCUACACAGAAAAGCAAAACACUUUAUGGCGGAUUGGAAGCUUGUAUGGCUAAAGUUGUUUCACAUCUAAAGCCGUGAAUAUUUCCAUGAUAUAAAAACAUGUAAAAGGCAGAAGUCUUUGCCUGUAUUCCUACCAUUGCCAUUGGUGUGAAGAAUGAAAUUCCUGUGUGUUUGCCCUGCUUCCCCCCACCCCCCGCCUGCUUAUAACCUUGGUCCAUUUUGUCUGGCACCAAAGGUGUCAGUCUGCCCAGGUGUGCCCAUUGUCACUUGGUGAGUGAGGUUUUUCUUUGUACAACUGUUCAGACUUGCAGCUCAUCUAUAUGUGUUUUCUGAGAGUUUAAAAGGCUAUUGAGAAGAGUUGUGGGGGGGAGGGGGGAGACCACAAGGGCCAGAUCCUGGGGAAAACAUUUUGGCAAUUGGAUUACUGACCAACGUGUAAACACAGGUAUCAUUUCUGAGUCUAGGCAUUAUGAGGAACACACAGGGUUUCCAGCUCUGUGCUUUCUUCUUAAUGAUAAUGUAGGGGUAGGAGACCUUGCAGAGGAGAACUGGCAAGUGGUAUGAGGUUAUUUGACUCUGCCUGCUUAGCCUCCGCUGUGAACGUGCCCCCCUCCCAGAGUUUUAAAUUUUAAACAACUGAAAAUUUAAUUUUAAGAACAAUUGUGCCAAUGGAAGAAAAAACAAAAAUGUCAAUGGAAGAAAAACAGCUGCAGGUAUGGGGGUUUGCAGGAGAGAAUAGUUAGGCACAGGAGUGGCUUAACUACGCAUCCCUUGUGUCAGUCUUCCCCUCCCAAGUUGCCCUCUGCACUCCUGUUACCCUUGCAUGGGCUGUUGGGACUACAUUCGCCAUUAUGUCACCAGUCCUGUCAUCGCCACAGAUUCAAGAACGGUGUAGACUACCCCUUACAAGUUUUGAAUUUGAAUGGUUCACAGGUCUUGCUCCCAUCUCUGCAUCAGCCAUUUCAGGUAGAACUAGCCAAGAUCUCUGAUUGAUGCCCUUGGACUGCACUCUAUCUCCUCUUACCCACAGCUGUUCCAUAGUUCAGUUAGCAGAAGAUUGUGGGUUCUGCUUCCUCUUUCCUCAACCACUUGAUGAAUGAUGAAAUCUGUAUCUUAUUAACUCUGGAAUGCUCUAGUAUGUGUGUGUAUAUUUGAAUUUUCAGUUGCCUCUUAAAAAUAAGACACUGAUUUUUAAAAUCAAAGUGUAUCAGUGUUUUAUAGAAGACUACGUGCUUUUAUUUUUCUUGUGACUUUCAUCAAUGGUUGUAAUAAUAAACAGUUUGAUUCUUGAAAAUCAUUUUUUCCCUUGCAGUGGCCUAACAAGUCUUGUAAUAUAUUUAUACUUAAAAUAAAUUUGCAUAUUCAUUUUUUUUUA